AAAACUUUAUUGAUAAAAUGUUUGUUCCGAGUUAUUCGAUUUGAGAAGUCCGAUAGUGUGUCAAAGUUGGUUCAGAUCAUGGCCAGGAUAAGGCACUUAGCAACUACUUUGCGGUCAGUUUCGCGGCAGCUACAAAUUGCUAGUCCAUGGGGACCACGACGCUUGAGAGAGCUCCAUUUUACGGCACCUGUUGCAGCUUAUGACAUGAGAAAAGUGGAGUUGAUACCUCUCGAGCAAAGAAAGCUGACGUUUGACUCGCAUGCCAUGGUCAUAGAGUUGGAAAACAACGGUUUUCAAAAGAAUCAAGCAGAGCUCAUAGUAUCAGCACUAGUGACUCUGACAACGUCAAACAUGGAUAUUGUAUACAAGGACAUGGUGACCUCAGCCCAUCAGGAGAUCGCGCUGCAGCAGAUCAUGUCGCACCUGGACUCCAUCCGGAAGGACAUGGUGAUCCUGGAGAAGAGUGAGUUUGCCAACCUGCGCUCCGAGAAUGCGAAAAUGAAAACCGAACUGGAGCAUAUAAGAAGCAGAUUACUGGAAGAGAGUCAGAAGAUCAGAGCUGAGGCCAAGCUGGACAUCAACCUAGAGAGAAGCAGAGUCACAGAUCUGUUUACCGACCAAGAGAACAAGCUGAUGGAGGCCAGCACAGAGUUCCACAGGAAGAACGCAGACAUAGAUCACGACACCAUGGAGACCAAUAAGAAGAUUGAUCUGGAGGUGGCGUCCCUUAAAACCAUCUUGGAGUCCCUGAAGCUGGAGACUAUUCGCUACCUCGCAGCGUCUGUGUUUGCCUGUCUGGCCAUAACUCUGGGGUUCUAUCGUCUCUGGAGGUGACUGGACACCUUCGGGAAUGUUUUUCGCAACAUUUUAUACAUGUUAAUCCUGAUAUAUCACAAAGUAAAAUGUGCUAUACCUGUGAAGUUUGCAGGUUUCCAUUGGGAACUGUACUGAGUUGAUAUUAGAGCAUGCAUGGUCACUAUGUAAUUACGACACAACGCAUAACGUUUUGAACAGCAUUUAUUUGCAUGUCCUAAAACCUAUAAGCAAACUGCCUUAGUACUUAUUACAGUAGACUUUGCUCACCAAUUCCAAAUGUGUUUAUUUUAUAGACUCUGGUUGUCCAGAGCAGGAACAUGUUCACAAUCUUGUGAAUUUCUCAAUGAAUUGUACUGUGCAUGAAUCUAAAUAAACAUUGCUCAAACAU